GGCAGGCACACGUCCGCAGCUCAUUAAUUGUCUUUUUUCUCCUGCAAUUCUGCCAGGCUAUGUGCUGCGGGAUACUCAUCGGAUGCAGUGAGGAGACCUGGGAGCACAGGGAUCAUCUGCGCUUGCAUGCGCAUGCGGCCGCCUUCUCUGAUGAGUCCCCUCACCGCCGACAAGACAGCCGACGCCGCCACUCCUCCACGGGGCUUUUGUGUUCUUCUGGGCCUGGUGGUGGUUUCGUCAGCCUUGUCUAUCACUCUGAUGACCCUGACGCACAGCUACACCAGCUUGCACGGCCUCGCGGCGGGCUGGAUGAGGCGGUCGCGUCAUCUGCACGGGAUACAAUGGCGGGCAGAGUGCCUGAGGCGGAGAGAGCAAGACCCCAGUAUGCCCUCAUGCACUGACGGGCAGACAAGUUUGCAUUCUUGAUGGACUCCUCGUGCUGACGCGCUUUCCGUUAAUCCCGUGGCCGACGGGCAGACAAGAAGGAGGAGGAAUGUGACCUUCCCCCGUGUGAUCCACCAGACGUGGAAGCAUCGCCGGCUGCCUGUUCGGUUCAAGGCGUGGAUGAGGAGCUGCCGUGACGUCAACCAUGAGACGCGGCACCAUUUCUACACCGACUUCUCGCUGCUUCAGCUGGUCAUGCGGCACUUCCCCGAAUGGCGAAGGCCGUGGAGCGACUUACCCGGCAUCAUCCGUGCGGACCUGGGCAGGCUGCUCAUUCUGUGGCUGUACGGCGGGAUUUAUCUCGAUGUCGACUACGAAUGCCUGCAGCCAUUUGAGGCACUACUGAGGCAAGCUGAGGCUCAGGGGAAUGACCUGAUUGUCGGAGAAAAGCAUCUGGUGCACGUUUAUCUGCUCGAGCAUGUGAAUGACAGCAUGAGGCCCUUCGUCUCAAACGCAGCCAUGAUAUCGACCCCAUUCCAUCCACUUAUCGGCGCCUUCCUCAACCAGACUCUUCACAAUGCGUCAGCGGCCUUGGUCGAUUGCAAGGACGCCGUGCAAUGCACUGGCCCAAGGCCGCUCACGAGGCUGGUGCACCAGGCUCUUCAGCUGGAGGACCAGAUGCGGCUUGCCAGCCGCUCGUGUGAGGUGACGCCUCCACUGGGCUCUGUUAUGGUGACCGACUUCGAUGUGCUAUACCCGGAGCUGGCGCAUUGGAAUGUCGAUGGUGCGAUGCGCGACAAGUGCCAGAGACACCCUCGGACACGCCGCAUCACGGCCACACCGACGGAUGCAUUCGCCAACCGCUCGCACGUCCACAAGGGUUGUGCGCUUCUUGCCGAGACGCAGGACAACGCUACGAGGUAUGUGUCGAGUGAGAGGAGCGUGGCUGUGCACCACUGGCGGUGCAGCUCGUGCAGGAAGAGCCCCAUGGUGAGGCUGCGGGGCAGUCUGGCGUUUGACGUUGUGCGGGAGAUUCCUGAGCUGAUUGUACAGUAAAAGUGGG